ACUGAAUUCUAAUGUUUUCUGUUUAGAACCCAAGUAGGAGAAGGAGGAAAUUUUGCAAAAACAGAAGGACAUCUUAAGAUAUCUGGAGAUCAAAGAGUUGUUGAACAUCCAGGACUGGCUGUUAUGCACACACUUUGGGUUAAUGAACAUAAUAGAAUUGCUCACUAUUUACGAAAACAACCGCCAAUUCAAGACUAUAUGACUGAGAAAAAAAUGGAUAUAAAAGCUAGAGAUGAAUUUUUAUUCCAAGAAACUAGAAGAAUUCUUGAAGCAGAAUUACAGCUGGUAGUGUACUCAGAGUUCUUACCAGUUGUUCUUGGUCCUGCUAUGAUGGAAGAAUUUGAUCUUUUUCUUAAUUCAACAGAUACAAAAUAUGAUGAUAAUCUAAACCCAAGCAUUAUCAACGAAUUUUCAACUGUGUCCUUCAGGUUUGGUCACUCUCUAGUUGGUACACAGUUUACUAUCACCGAACGUCGAAGAAAAACUAAAAAGAUGUUCUCGUUUGAUCUCAGUAAUGCUUUCUUUAAUAAUGAAUUGAUGAACUGUGUAAACACCACCUGUCAGGAUGAUGAUGAUUUAACGGGCAGUUGUACCAACCAAACAUGUACUUAUUGGGCAGAUAAUAUUCUUUUUGGACUUUUGAAUAUUCCAGCUCAAGCUGACGAUGCUUUUCUGAACAAUGAUCUAAUCAAUAACCUGUUCCUCUCUAAAGAACUCCGUUCACUUGAAAAAAAUGAGAAGGAGAAGGCAGAAUCUUCAGACCUUAGUUCCCGAAAUAUUCAGAGAGGCCGAGACCAUGGUCUACCGAGAUAUAAAGAAUUCAGGAAACAAAACAAAAUAUUUAAACUAAAAAACUUGGGAAGCUUUGGAUUUAAGCCUUGUUCUGUCUGCAUGAAAUCAGUGCCCAAAAAGCAAAGAGAAUUUUACUGUAGCCCGUAUCAUUUACCAGAUAGAGAUUGUGAGGCUUGCCUGAAGUUCUCAAAUUUCAAGAAGUUUAUCGAUGCCUUUAAGGAA